UCAAAGUAGUGUUUGAAUCAAGGCGUUGGUGGAACUAGUGUUUAGUGUUUUUAUCACACCAAUUUAUCUUGUGUUUGGAAGCUCGGGAUAGAAAAUUUCGCUGGAAAAACAUUAAGCAUGGAAGUCUUUGUAAUGGUAAAGCGCAGGAAAUCUGCUAUUUUCCUUAGUGUCACUGAAGAUACAACAGUUCAGGAAUUAGCGAUGUUCGUGGAAGGUAUUACCAAAGUUGCCCGUGAGAAUCUGCUGUUCUACAAAGACGGCGAGAUUAUGGACCCAAGAAUGACAUUAAAGGAAUACGAAAUCAAUUCUUGCACAUCUAAACCCCAUGUACCAUUUGAAUUAGGAUUGGUAUACAAAGACAGUGAAACACUUGAAUUUGAAGAACUAGAAAUAACUCCUCUAUUAAUCCCACCGGAGUUGCCAGAAGUUAUGAGACGUCCUGAAACUCAGAAGCAAUAAAUUCUUUUGGAAUGGCAAAUGAUAUUUCGACAAUGCGACUGUUGCAUACUUAAACUGGAAACUAAAUUUUUUAAACUACACUGUAUAUAUUCUAAUUUUAAUUCUUUCUUGUGUAUCUGUUUACUUAUUGUGAAAAUGUUGGAUUCUCUGUAGCAGUAAAAACGUCUUCCGUUUUUAUAUUUUGUAGAGACAAAUCUAUUAUCUGUGCAUUUAAAUGUUAAUUUUCUGAAUAUUUUCAAAUGAUUUGAUAGGAAUGCACAUAGUAAGCAUCAUGUAAACUUGUAAACGA